UUAUCCGUGCCAUCUCUGCCGCGUCUCUCUACAAAACCAGUGACGUCAUCACACACACCCAACACCUAUAUUCAGGAAAAAAACGGAAAAUAAUUGACAACACAAGAGAUGUUUGUCCGUGUGCCACGGUUCGAUGCCGUCCGCAUGCGCCGGUUCCGCUGCUCCGGUGCCGCUUCUCCGGUGCCGCUGUGGCCAGUCCUAGCACGACCAAACUCGACCCGCUCCGCUUCGUUCACGCUCUCGUUGCUGUCCAUCCCAGUCGGUUCCUCGCUUUCUCCCUCGUUGCACUUAGGGUUCUGGGUCGGGAGACGAUUCAACGAUGGACAGAAGUCAAAACUGUCUGGGGCCUCUGUGUACGCCUGGCGAUACUUUGAGGUCUACGUCAAAGGGAACUUCAAGGCGUUUGCCGUCUUUAAGCUGUGCAUGGAGCAGAAGGAGUUCGGCCGGGCAGAGAUCAAUCAAGUACAGCCAGUCGCCAUCAAACCUUCUGAGGCACCUCAACACCGAUUUUGCCGACCAUCAAGCAGCCUUCGAAGACUGCACACGGCCUUCAAGGUGUCCACAGACUUCCCGCACUUGGCCAACCUCGCCCGCCGUGUGCUGGCGAUUCCCGCCACUCAAGCAAAGUCCGAGCGUCUGUUUUCCUGCGCUGGAAACAUCGUCACGAAGAAUCGCAACAACUUGGCCCCGACCACCGUGGAGCUGCUCGUCCUUUUGCGCCACUCGUGGAAGAUAGUGGAGGAAUGGGAACAAUCGAACACACCCGCGGCCGCAAUGAGGGGCUAG